GCCAAGCAGGGACCCUCCUAUUUUGUGCGUCCCAUGCAGGACCUGACGUGACUCCCGACCACCUUGAAAAAAAAAAAAAAAAAUUGUCAGAGGGCGAAACUUUUUCCUCGCUUCCUUCUCCCUUUGGGGAGAAGAAAAGCCAAAACUGCCAGGCAACCUCUGAUCUUUAGAUUGACUGGUUGUCUUCACCCUCGCUAUUGGAACAGACUGAUUUAUUUCUAUCUCUGUUUUCUAAUAUCUCUUCUUCCACGUAUAUUUUGCACAAGCUGGUUCGCGAUGCCUACAACAAACACCCAAGCGUCAGUGAAUGGCGCCUCCAACUUCCUCGACUUCAAGACAGCCCAUGAUGUUUUGAAGGAGUACGAGACCCGAGAUGGUCUCGACAUCACUCAGCUCCUUGACUCCAAGACCAAUGGAGGUCUUACAUACAACGAUUUUCUCCUGCUUCCGGGGUACAUUGGUUUCCCAGCCUCGGAGGUCGGCCUCGACUCGCCGGUGACGAAGAGGAUCUCUCUGAAGACUCCUUUUGUGUCCUCUCCCAUGGACACCGUCACCGAGCACGAGAUGGCCAUCCACAUGGCACUUCAGGGUGGAUUGGGUGUCAUUCACCACAACUGCUCGGCCGAGGAGCAGGCAGAUAUGGUGCGCAAGGUCAAGCGCUACGAGAACGGCUUCAUUCUGGACCCCGUUGUUAUCAGCCGCGACACUACUGUCGGCGAGGCGAAGGCCUUGAAAGAGAAGUGGGGUUUUGGCGGUUUCCCCGUGACCGAAACCGGCAAGAUUGGCUCCAAGCUUUUGGGCAUUGUCACUAACCGUGACAUCCAAUUCGAGGAUGACAUCAACACCAAGGUCGCAGAUGUUAUGGUCACUGACCUUAUCACUGCCCCAUCGGGUGUCACUUUGGUUGAGGCUAACAAGAUUCUGGCCAAGUCAAAGAAGGGCAAGCUGCCGAUCGUUGACCAGGACUUCAACCUGGUCUCCAUGAUCUCGCGCUCAGAUCUCAACAAGAACCUUUACUUUCCCCUGGCCUCCAAGCUCCCCGACUCAAAACAGCUUCUGUGCGCUGCAGCAAUCGGCACCAGGCCAGAGGACAAGGUGCGCCUGCAAAAGCUUGUUGAGGCUGGCCUGGACGUUGUUAUCCUGGACAGCAGCCAGGGCAACAGCAUCUACCAGAUCGAGAUGAUCAAGUGGAUCAAGGAGAACUUCCCCGGACUCGACGUCAUCGGCGGAAACGUCGUGACGAGGGAGCAGGCUGCCGCUCUUAUCGCUGCUGGUGUCGAUGGACUCCGCAUUGGCAUGGGAAGCGGAAGUGCCUGCAUUACCCAGGAAGUUAUGGCUGUCGGCCGUCCUCAGGCUACGGCUGUUCACAGCGUCAGCGCUUUCGCCGCCAAGUUCGGUGUUCCUUGCAUCGCUGACGGAGGUAUUCAAAACGUGGGUCACAUCGUAAAAGGUUUGGCCCUGGGUGCUUCCACCGUCAUGAUGGGUGGUCUGCUCGCCGGCACCACCGAAUCUCCUGGCACAUCAUUUGUUUCCCGUGAAGGGAAGCUCGUCAAGGCCUACCGUGGCAUGGGCAGCAUUGACGCCAUGCAAGACAAGAAGGCCGGCGGUGGCGGCAAGGACAGCCAGGCAAGCAAUGCUGGCACUGCCAGAUACUUUUCCGAGGGCGACAGCGUCUUGGUUGCACAAGGCGUUUCUGGCGCCGUGGCUCAUCGCGGAUCGAUUUCCAAGUUCCUGCCUUACCUGGCAGCGGGUCUGAAGCACUCUUUGCAAGAUUGCGGUGUAGUCAGCCUUAAGGCCCUGCACGAGGGUGUUGCCGAGGGAAGUGUGCGUUUCGAGAUCCGAACCGCAAGUGCUCAGUUGGAGGGCGGUGUGAACAUGGAGUCUUAUGAGAAAAAGCUUUACGCUUAAGUGACGAUACGAGAACAAAACAAAAAAAUAAAAAAUUGAGAUGCCUGAAUGAAAAUAUAAAUACCCUGCACAUACCGUUACUUUUGGUGUGAUGCCAAACUAUGCAGCCAUUGAUCCUUUCGUUCCACGCAGUACUGAGUGCCGUGCCUUUUCUUGCUACGAUGUCACUAGGGCCGUUGCCUUCAAGUUGGACACAGUUGUUUACAAAGCAGGGAUAUAGGAUGAUGGCCACUCGCGCCUUGCAAGGGUCGUUGGGAG